GCCACCCGCCACCCCUGGACUGGGUGUCAUGAGGUGAGCGCCAGGCCCGCUGAGCCUCCCCGAGCUGCCAGCCAUGCCCGGGAUCGUGGUGUUCCGGCGGCGCUGGUCUGUGGGCAGCGAUGACCUUGUCCUGCCAGCCAUCUUCCUCUUCCUCCUGCAUACUACCUGGUUUGUGAUCCUGUCCGUGGUGCUCUUUGGCCUGGUCUACAACCCGCACGAGGCCUGCUCCCUGAACCUGGUGGACCACGGCCGCGGCUACCUGGGCAUCCUGCUGAGCUGCAUGAUCGCCGAGAUGGCCAUCAUCUGGCUGAGCAUGCGCGGGGGCAUCCUGUACACGGAGCCCCGCGACUCCAUGCAGUACGUGCUCUACGUGCGCCUGGCCAUCCUGGUGAUCGAGUUCAUCUACGCCAUCGUGGGCAUCGUGUGGCUCACCCAGUACUACACCUCCUGCAAUGACCUCACUGCCAAGAACGUCACCCUGGGGAUGGUUGUCUGCAACUGGGUGGUCAUCCUCAGCGUCUGCAUCACCGUCCUCUGCGUCUUCGACCCCACGGGCCGCACCUUCGUCAAGCUGAGGGCCACCAAGAGGAGGCAGCGGAACCUGAGGACCUACAACCUGCGGCACCGCUUGGAGGAGGGUCAGGCCACCAGCUGGUCCCGGCGGCUCAAAGUGUUCCUCUGUUGCACCCGGACCAAGGACUCCCAGUCAGAUGCCUACUCGGAAAUCGCCUACCUCUUCGCUGAGUUUUUCCGGGACCUGGACAUUGUGCCGUCUGACAUCAUUGCUGGCCUGGUGCUGCUCCGGCAGCGGCAGCGAGCCAAGCGCAACGCGGUGCUGGACGAGGCAAACAAUGAUAUCUUGGCCUUCCUAUCCGGGAUGCCAGUGACCAGAAACACCAAGUACCUGGACCUCAAGAACUCGCACGAGAUGCUGCGCUACAAGGAAGUCUGUUACUACAUGCUGUUCGCCCUGGCGGCCUACGGCUGGCCCAUGUACCUGAUGCGGAAGCCCGCCUGCGGCCUGUGCCAGCUGGCUCGCUCCUGCUCAUGCUGCCUGUGCCCAGCACGGCCCCGAUUCGCCCCCGGAGUCACCAUCGAGGAAGACAACUGCUGUGGCUGCAAUGCCAUCGCCAUCCGCCGCCACUUUCUGGACGAGAACAUGACAGCGGUGGACAUUGUCUACACCUCCUGCCACGACGCGGUCUACGAAACCCCCUUCUACGUGGCAGUGGACCAUGACAAGAAGAAAGUGGUGAUCAGUAUCAGGGGAACCCUGUCCCCAAAGGAUGCCCUGACCGACCUGACCGGCGAUGCUGAGCGUCUCCCCGUGGAGGGGCACCGAGGCACCUGGCUAGGACAUAAGGGCAUGGUGCUGUCCGCCGAGUACAUCAAAAAGAAGCUGGAGCAGGAGAUGGUCCUGUCCCAGGCCUUCGGGCGGGACCUGGGCCGCGGAACCAAACACUACGGCCUGAUUGUGGUGGGCCACUCCUUGGGCGCGGGCACAGCCGCCAUCCUCUCCUUCCUCCUGCGCCCGCAGUACCCAACCCUCAAGUGCUUCGCCUAUUCACCCCCCGGGGGCCUGCUGAGCGAGGACGCCAUGGAGUACUCUAAGGAGUUUGUGACUGCCGUGGUACUGGGCAAAGACCUCGUCCCCAGGAUCGGCCUGUCCCAGCUGGAAGGUUUUCGUCGCCAGCUCCUGGAUGUCCUACAACGCAGCACCAAGCCCAAAUGGCGGAUCAUCGUGGGGGCCACCAAGUGCAUCCCUAAGUCAGAGCUGCCCGAGGAGAUGGAGGUGACCACGCUAGCCAGCACGCGGCUCUGGACCCAUCCCAGCGACCUGACCAUCGCCCUCUCGGCCAGUACCCCGCUCUACCCGCCCGGCCGCAUCAUCCACGUGGUCCACAACCACCCCGCGGAGCAGUGCUGCUGCUGUGAACAGGAGGAGCCCACAUACUUCGCCAUCUGGGGAGACAACAAGGCCUUCAAUGAGGUGAUCAUCUCUCCGGCCAUGCUGCAUGAGCACCUGCCCUAUGUGGUCAUGGAGGGGCUCAACAAGGUGCUAGAGAACUACAACAAGGGAAAAACAGCGCUGCUGUCUGCUGCCAAGGUCAUGGUGAGCCCCACCGAGGUGGACCUGACUCCUGAGCUCAUCUUCCAGCAGCAGCCGCUGCCCACAGGACCGCCCCUGCCUACCGGCCUGGCCCUGGAGCUGCCGGCCACGGACCACCGCAACAGCAGUGUCCGGAGCAAGUCGCAGUCCGAGAUGAGCCUGGAGGGCUUCUCCGAGGGGCGGCUGCUGUCGCCGGCGGGCGCGGCGGCGGCGGCGCGCGCGGACCCCGUGGAGCUGCUGCUGCUGUCCACGCAGGAGCGGCUGGCGGCCGAGCUGCAGGCCCGCCGCGCGCCGCUGGCCACCAUGGAGAGCCUCUCGGACACCGAGUCCCUGUACAGCUUCGACUCGCGCCGCUCCUCGGGCUUCCGCAGCAUCCGGGGGUCGCCCAGCCUGCACGCCGUGCUGGAGCGCGACGAGGGCCACCUCUUCUACAUCGACCCCGCCAUCCCCGAGGAGAACCCGUCCCUGAGCUCCCGCACCGAGCUGCUGGCCGCCGACAGCCUGUCCAAGCACUCGCAGGACACGCAGCCCCUGGAGGCGGCGCCGGGCAGCGGCAGCGGCGCCGUCACUCCCGAGCGGGCCCCGAGCGCGGCCAAUGAGGACCAAGAGGAGGCGGGCGCGGAGGGCGUCGGGACGGCGCCCCCUGCCGGCGCGGAGCUGACCCUGCACAACGGGCGCCUGGGGGACUCGCCCAGCCCCCAGGUGCUGGAGUUCGCCGAGUUCAUCGACAGCCUCUUCAACCUGGACAGCAAGAGCAGCUCCUUCCAGGACCUCUACUGCAUGGUGGUGCCCGAGAGCCCCACCAGCGACUAUGCCGAGGGUCCCAAGUCCCCCAGCCAGCAAGAGAUCUUGCUCCGGGCCCAGUUCGAGCCCAACCUGGUGCCCAAGCCCCCGAGGCUCUUCGCGGGCUCGGCCGAUCCCUCCUCUGGCAUUUCUCUCUCUCCCUCCUUCCCGCUCAGCUCCUCCGGGGAACUCAUGGACCUGACACCCACAGGCCUCAGCAGCCAGGAGUGCCUGGCGGUAGACAAGAUCCGGACUUCAACCCCCACUGGCCACAGGGCCAGCCCCACCAAGCAGGAUGACCUGGUCAUCUCAGCACGCUAGCACUCCAUAGCCGCCGCUAGC